ACGCCUCUUCUGUGUCCGCAGAAGAAAGCGAACUGUCGAGCUUCCACGAUGGAGUCACGGCGCUGCUCUGUAUUGCCGCAUCGAAUUUAGUCUGUUCGCUUUGGGUUUGUGCGUUCCGAGAGUUUGAGCGACUUCAUAAUUCACACGAAAAGGACGUCAGAAUGAACUGGGCGUUCCUCCAGGGCUUGUUGAGCGGGGUCAACCAGUACUCCACGGCAUUCGGCCGCGUCUGGCUCUCCAUCGUCUUCCUCUUCCGGGUCAUGGUGUACGUGGUGGCGGCCGAGCGGGUCUGGGGAGAUGACCAGAAGGACUUCCAGUGCAACACGGCCCAGCCCGGCUGCCACAACGUCUGCUACGACCACUUCUUCCCCGUCUCCCACAUCCGCCUGUGGGCCCUGCAGCUCAUCUUCGUCACCUGCCCCUCACUGCUCGUGGUCAUGCACGUGGCCUAUAGGGAGGAGCGCGAGCGCAGGCACCGCGAGCGCAAUGGGGAGGACUGCGGCCGCCUGUACAAGGACACGGGCAAGAAGAGGGGUGGCCUCUGGUGGACCUAUGUCUUAACCUUGGUCUUCAAGGCCGGGGUGGACGCAACCUUCCUCUACGUCCUCUACUACAUUUACGAGGCUUACGACUUCCCGCGCCUCAUCAAGUGCAGCCAGAAGCCCUGCCCCAACGUGGUGGACUGCUUCAUAUCUAGGCCCACGGAGAAGAAGAUCUUCACCAUCUUCAUGGUGGUCACGUCCAUUCUCUGCAUCUUCCUAAACCUCUGCGAGCUCAUCUACCUCCUGGGCAAGCGCUGUCGGGAGUGCGUGGUCUCCAACAACCCCCGGCGUCAGCUGUUCAUGGCCUCCACCAUGAUCAACAACAAGGAGAGCAACAGCAUAAUGGAAAACUCUCUGAAGGUGCCGCCCUAUGCCCCUCCCAGCAUUAAGGUUUCCAAGUAGUUGCAGCGUUGCUGCUCAGCAUUAAGAAAAAGAAAUACAAGAAGCUGUUCAUGCCACUCAGGUACUAUACUAGGGAGGAAGUGGACUGCAGGGCUCCAGGAAGCUGCACUUGACCCAUCGUUGUGGAUUGCUCUUCCUGACCAGGUUGUUUCAUGCAAGGCAAUGGUUGUGGGUCAGUGCUAAAGCCGUACAUAAAAAGAAUGGUUCUUAACAACGAUUUUUUUGGUCACCAUUAAACCAUUGCAAAGCACACACGCUUGAGCAGUUACUUAACAAAUCUGAAAGCUGGGGCAAAAGCUGCACACCAUGGGAGAAAAUAACACCAAUUGAGCAUCCAUCUGUCUUAGGGUUAAACGUAUAAGGAUGUCAAGUAGACUAACGUGUCAACUAGGCCUUAAUCUGUGCACUGUUGUUGGCUAAGGCUGUCCACUCAUACCCACUGGCCUGAAGUAAGAGUUUGCCUUCAGGCCCCAGCAGUCCUAUGAGCUGCAUGGAAGAUGUGACGGCUUCAGUGGCCAUUCAGUAGGUCAUCUGCAGCCUAACCAGUAACCAUGAGGCUCGUUAUCAGCACUUUUCCUAUGGUGCACCACUUUUCCCCCCAGCUCUUUACAUAAAGUCAGAUUUAUUUUUUAGAUAAGGCUUCUGAAGGAGCCGAUCAUUUCCUGACCCUUUGAACCAUUUCCAGGACACAUCACCACGAUACCCCUUGCACAUGGGUAUAGCAGUGCAGGAACAGUCUCAGUAAGUUCAUUGGUAUCGUAAUGAUGAGGCUAAUUCCUUAGUCUUUUUGAAGAGCCUUCUAAUCAAAAGGCAAUGCCAUUUUAUAGCCUUGCUGAUAAUCAUGCACGUCACACAGCCUUUGUUCAAUGGAAAUUAAUCUGUGGUUAGCCGGUGUGAAUGUAAACAAGCCUUUUUGGUAGAAUAUCUCACAUGCACUUAUACAUGUUGUUUACAGUCUGCUUUUUUUCCAUGGUUGAACAUUUCUUUCUUCUAUAUAGCAGUAGCUAUUUUUUCAAGGGUAUUUUUGCCUCUUUAUUUGAUACCAACUUUUUUUUUUCAAGAAGAGUUUUAGUAUCAAGCAGAUUACAGAACUGAGGAAUUCCAACCCUUCAUGUAAAUGCCACUGCCACCAACGUUAGAUUAUCAAACGGUAUUAUCUUUUUUUAUUUUUUUAUUGUUAGAACAUUUUAUGUUCCAAUCUAAGUUUCUUGUAUGCUCUCCAGUUCUGCCUUUACAAAAUUAACCAAUUCAGUACCAAACACAUUGUUCUUUGAAAAAACAAUCAGAACACAAGCUGUACUUAUCAUUUUAAAUCAAUAUUUCUUCACAAAUUUAAAUCCCUUGUUUUGGCUACAAACUGCUGCGUCCUAUUUUGAGGACAGUCAAAUUAGACGUGCCCCUAAUCAGAGCAGUGAAAUUACACGCCGGCUGUGAAGCAGAGUAAGUUAACAUAACAGUAUAGUUAGGAGAAGUAGCUGCCAGGUUACAAUUACAAAGUAGCCUGUCCUCAAAUGAGGACAAUGGCACUUAAUGGGUGAACCAUAAAUGGAGCAAUACCUUGAAAAGGACACAACUGUUACUGUACGAAGUCUGUAUUACAGUGAAAAUGAUUGUAUCAAUUCAGUGCAGGGCACAGAGAGUGCAGACUAUAAACCCCAUAGUUACAGCAGUACCAUUACAGGUGCUUUGUUCAUUCAUUUCGUCUGAAUGCUUUGUUACACUAUAUUGGGCUGUUUCAUCUGUUUACAUACAUUGCUUUAUAUGUGUUUACAAUGUAUACAUGGAAUAGUGAGUUUCUAUACUGCCAUUUGUGUCUGUUCUAAACCUUUUGUCAAUCAGUACUGUUAUAUAUUUUUUAUAUUUCUAUGAAUAAACAUAUGACAUGUUUAAUUUCA